GUAUUGAAGAUGCGUUCAGGACAGCCGCCACUGAGGUCAGUCUGCUGGCUGGAACAGAUGAGUUCAACGCUACAGAGCUCUUUGGUGUCGACACAGACAGCUGUGAACGCUGGAUGAACUGUAAGUCUGAGUUCCUGAAGAAAUACAUGACCAAAGUCUCCAACGACCUCCCCGGCUGCCCCUGCUCCUACCCCACCGAGGUGGCCUACAGCACGGCCGACGUCCCCGACCCCGCCACGCGCCGGGACUUCCGCUGGAAAGACGCCAGCGGCCCCAAGGAGAAACUAGAGAUCUACAAACCCACGGCCCGAUACUGCAUCCGCUCUAUGUUAACUCUCGAGUCCACUACUCUGGCCGCACAGCACUGCUGCUACAAUGACAACAUGAAGCUCGUCACCCGAGGUAAAGGAGCAGGAACACUCAACCUCAUCAGCAAUGAGUUCUCUGCUGACCUCCACUACAAGGUAGACAUCCUMCCCUGGAUCAUCUGUAAAGGGGACUGGAGUCGCUAUAACCAGGUCAGGCCUCCUAACAACGGGCAGAAGUGUCCAAACAACCCGCUGGACGAGGAUUACCUCAAACAGGUGGAGGAAGCUCGAGAGUUUUAGACCUGGAGAGAUGAACAUGUGAAGAAAAAAAAAGAAAAUAAAGGAAAACGAUCUUGAGAAAUGUUUAUGAAUCUGGUACUUCAGUUGGUGCUUCAAACCAUCCGUGAGUGUUUUUAGACUUUGGAACUAGGUGCCCAUAUGAACAGGACUGUCUGUUGAUCAGCCAACGUGAUAAAGAGACAACUUAUCUCUCACUUGGACACAAGGAACUGUUCUUCACCAUAAUCACAGUCUAUAAGUCAUGUUAGGUCUUCAUUUCUUUUGACAUAUGCCUCAAAUCAAAUGAUAUUCAAAGUAAAAUUGUAUGAUGGAUUUUGACAAUAAUUUUUUCUGAUAAUAAUUCUAUAAAUGUUUGGUUUAAAAGGGAUAGCUUGGUGUAGCUUCAUAAAAAGGGAAAAUUACUUUUCAUGUUUUAGAUUUGUUUGUAAGUUUUUUAGUUUGUUUAUGAUUGGCCAAAAGGAGAGCCCAGGGAUUGGCCAAAAGGAGAGCCCAGGGAUUGGCCAAAAGGAGAGCCCAGGGAUUGGCCAAAAGGAGAGCCCAGGGAUUCUCAAUUGGCGGAAUGAUCAGAUCCGAAUCUCCAUGUUGAGUCACACCCCCCUGACCUAUCAGAAGAGAGAGAGAGAGA